GCCCCUCCUCCCCGCACUAGGUGGGGCGGGGCGAGCGGUGGCACCUCCCUCGCUGCCGUGCCGGGUUGCUGGGGAGCUAGCUGUUCAGUGCGCUCAUUAACCAGCAGCUGCCCCACGCUGCCCUGCACCGCCCCCUCCGCUUCGGGACACCUGGGGCAGGAGCCGAGCAAGCGAGCCGGGAGGCAGGUCCGCAGUCUCCUGCGGGAACUCGAAGAAUCCCGGGGCGGGGUCAGGGCAGCGCAGCGCCUCGAACCCAGGGACUAGCGGCGAGGAGAGAAGCGCCCAGGUACCAGGAGAACUGUGAGAAGGGAAGCUCGGGACCUGCCUAGAAGAGCGGGGCGCAGCUGCCCUCCCGCCCGGCCAGGCUGCGGGGAUGGAAGACACCAGCUCGCCCUAGAUGGACCGCGAUGCCGCCUGGAGAGACCACCCCGGAUCGCUGAUGGAAACCCGGACUGAGGCCAGCGGUGACGCUCAGCCGGGGGGCGGCGGCGGCGGCAACGCGGACGGUGAAGAGUCCUCGGCUGCAGCAGAUCCCAGUGCCCAUCCCCAAUCGAAGAAGAUGCCGGAGCCCAGCAUAAAUGUGGCUGCAGCAGCAGCGCCCAAGGGCAGCCGGGCAGUUCCAAAUCGGUGCGUCAAGGACCCCAAGCUAGUGCACCAGCGCUUCCUGCGGCGCAGCGUAGUGGACUCAGACCAGGAGGAGUUACCGGGUUUGGAGCCCCCAGAACCGGAGCCAUCCCCGCAACCCCCGCAACCCUUGCGCAAGGUCCUGCUGCUCUCCAAGACGCGCCGGCUCAUUGCGGAGCGGGCUAAGGGUGGAGGGGCGCGCGCGGCUCCUGAAGUCCCCAGGACCCCACCGCCACCAGCAGGCUCCCCGGUCCCCGAAGCUGCCCAAGAGGCGAGCCCAGGCCCCGGUAGCCUGGGGGAGGGGGUGGCCACUGCGAGUGUAGCAGCUUCUUCGGCUCCGGAGAGCAGCCAGGAUGUGGAGAAGAAGGAGAUUGCCACUGUGGCAGCCUCCUCGGCUCCGGCGGAGGUGAAGGCUGAACCCGGGCCCACCAAGAAAGAGGAGCCUGAGGAGGAGGAGGAAGAUGAUGAAGACGACUUGAAGGCGGUGGCAACGUCCCCAGAUGGCAGGUUCCUCAAAUUUGAUAUUGAGCUGGGUCGGGGCUCUUUCAAGACAGUCUACAAGGGGCUGGACACUGAGACCUGGGUGGAAGUGGCCUGGUGUGAACUUCAGGAUAGAAAACUGACAAAGUUGGAGAGACAAAGAUUUAAAGAAGAAGCUGAAAUGUUGAAAGGCCUGCAACAUCCAAACAUUGUUAGAUUCUAUGACUUCUGGGAGUCUUGCGCCAAAGGGAAGAGAUGCAUUGUGUUGGUAACUGAACUCAUGACUUCCGGAACGUUGAAAACAUAUCUGAAGAGAUUUAAAGUGAUGAAACCCAAGGUUCUCCGCAGCUGGUGCCGGCAGAUCCUGAAAGGCUUACUUUUUUUGCACACGAGGACUCCGCCAAUUAUUCACAGAGACUUAAAAUGUGACAAUAUUUUUAUCACUGGACCAACUGGAUCUGUGAAAAUAGGAGACCUGGGCCUGGCAACCCUGAAGAGAGCCUCAUUUGCCAAAAGUGUAAUAGGAACCCCAGAGUUUAUGGCCCCAGAGAUGUAUGAAGAGCACUAUGAUGAAUCCGUUGAUGUCUAUGCCUUUGGAAUGUGUAUGUUGGAAAUGGCUACCUCAGAAUAUCCCUACUCAGAAUGCCAGAACGCUGCCCAGAUCUAUCGGAAGGUCACUUGUGGUAUCAAACCAGCAAGCUUUGAAAAAGUACAUGAUCCUGAAAUCAAGGAGAUUAUUGGGGAAUGCAUCUGCAAAAACAAAGAAGAAAGGUAUGAAAUUAAAGAUUUAUUGGGUCAUGCCUUUUUCGCAGAAGACACUGGGGUAAGAGUGGAACUUGCAGAAGAAGACCAUGGUAGGAAAUCUUCUAUUGCCUUAAGGCUCUGGGUUGAAGAUCCUAAGAAACUGAAAGGAAAACCCAAAGAUAAUGGAGCAAUUGAAUUUACUUUUGAUUUGGAAAAGGAAACUCCUGAUGAUGUUGCACAAGAAAUGAUUGAAUCUGGAUUUUUUCAUGAAAGUGAUGUCAAGAUAGUGGCAAAGUCAAUCCGAGACCGAGUGGCAUUAAUUCAGUGGAGAAGAGAGAGAAUCUGGCCUAUUGUUCAGUCUGAAGAGCGCCGGGACUCAGAGAUCUUGGAUAAGUCCAAGCUGCCCCAGGCACAGCUUCAGGUUCAGGUCACGUACCAUUCUCAUGUUGGCCAGCAGACUCCAUUAGAACCUGAGGAGCCCGAAGUUGACCAGCAUCUUUUUCAGCCGAAGCUUCCCACAAGUGCCACAUCAGUGGCAUCGGACAGCACAUUUGACAGUGGCCAAGGCUCCACUGUGUACUCAGAUUCCCAGAGUAGCCAGCAGAGCGUGAUAUACUCUUCCUUGCCCGACACCAUCCCUCCCACUAUUCAGCGUGUCUACAGCCCACCUGUCAGUGAUGGUCAGGUUGUACCGCAGAGUCACCCAUCCCUGGGGCCCUACCAGCAACCUGCAGCGCCUGGACUGACUGUGGGCCCUGUUUCAUCCACUGUGCUCCCUCCAAGACCCCAGCAACAUUACCCAGAACCAGCAAUGACUUUCUCAGUGCAGCCAACUACAGUUGCAUCAGGGCAUAUGGGGCCAGCGCCAUCUAUGUUACCCAGCCAGCAGCCUCCACCCCUGGCUCAGCCAGCUCCAAUACAACAAGUUCUUGCCAGUCAACCCGUGUGCCCACACCAGCCAGCACCUCAUCACUUGUCUCAGUACCCAGCUCCACCUUCACAGGUGGCUGCUGCUACUCAGCUACAGCCCCUGAAGAUGCCACAGGUGCCACUACAGCCGCUUCCUCAAGUGCCACCUGCCCAGAUUCCUCAGUUUCCUGUCAUUCCUCCAAUCACCCCUCUGGCAGGAAUUGACAACCUUCCUCCAAACCUCUCUGAUUUACCUGCAGCAAAUGUGCCCCCUAUUCCUCCUCCUUCUCAGUAUUUUUCUCCAGCUGUGAUUUUGCCAAGCCUUUCCAUAAACCCUGUCGCCCCUCUGCCAGCUACCCCUGCCCUCCCUGUGCAGGCUGUCAAACUCCCACACACUUCCGUGGCGCCUUUGGUCAUGCCCUGCCAAACGAUAGUGCCAAAUAUGUCUGCCACGACGAUACCAUUGCUGGCCGUGGCCCCACAAGGCGUCACCGCAUUACCCAUCCAUCAGGCCGUUGCCCAGCUCCCCCCACAACCACUGUAUCAGGCUGCUUUCCAGCCAAUCAUUCAGAGCGAAGUCCCACCCUCUCCCCAUCACACUCAGAACAUACAAGCGGUCUCCCAGCAGCAGCCUCCGCCGCCACCACCCCAGCCUCAGCUGCCUCCACUUCCUCAGUCCCUUCAGCCAAGCGUAAUUCAUCCUUCAGAACAGGCUAUUCCGGCUUCUGGGGCUGGUAACCAGCAAAUACUCAUUGGACACCCCCCUCCAUAUGGCGUGGAUGUUGCAGCCCAGGUCCCUGUUGUACCAGUUCAGGCAUCAGCAGUCCUAUCUCCACCUUUGCAGUUCCAACCUGAAAUAUUACCUCCCAUCGUUGCUACAGAGCAUCUCCCUCAGAUUUCUGGUACCUUGGCGACCACUACUGUAUCAGUUGAUCAUAGUUUGCCUAUUCAGACAACUGGCCUCCUGCCUCAACCAAACCCACCCCAAUCCCUGAUAUCUUCAGCUUCCAUUCCGUGUCCUGCUAUCCAGUUGACUACAGAACCACCCCAAGAGGAGCAGACAAUCCAAGAGAAACAACCAAACCUCCUGCAGAGCUGUGAAAGCUAUGGAGGUUCUGAUGUGGCUUCAGGAAAAGAAAUGAGUGAUAGCUGUGAAGGUGCAUUUGGAGGAAAACAAGAAGGAAAAUCUUCAAAGAAACAUCAUAGAAAGUCUACCCGCACUCGUUCACGCCAAGAGAAAGCCAAUAAAUCAAAACUAACUAUCCUUAAUGUAUGUAACACUGGAGAUAAAAUGGUAGAGUGCCAAUUGGAAACACACAAUCAUAAAAUGGUAACCUUUAAGUUUGAUCUAGAUGGGGAUGCUCCAGAAGAAAUCGCUACUUAUAUGGUAGAGAAUGAAUUCAUACUUCAGACUGAAAAGGAAACCUUCAUUGAACAAAUGAAAGAUAUCAUUGAUAAAGCAGAAGACAUGCUUAGUGAGGAUCUGGAGUGUGAACAGAGCUCGGAUCAAGGAAUGAGCCCUCAGCAUAAUACCUAUGGACUAGACAUUGGAGAAGAGAAUCGACAGUCUCAACUGAAUGCCCCUGUGUAUCAACAGAAUGUUCUACAUACUGGAAAAAGGUGGUUCAUUAUAUGUCCAGUAGCAGAAAACCCGACAACAGAAGCCCCUGAGUCAUCUCCCCCUCCUCUUUUGUGUCCCCAGCAACCUGAAGGAUAUCAAGAUCCUGAGCCUUGUGAGGACCUGCUGUCACGGACUGAACAACCAAGCAUCUUAGUUGGUUCACAGCUUCCCAUUCAAGCUGGUCUCAGUGACACUCACAGCAGGGCACCCACUCCUUUGGCACAGGUCUCAGUACCUUUGGCUGUCUUGCCAAAUGAGGCUGAAAUAGUAGCUUCAGUGCUGCCAGAGCCAGCUCUAUGUAUCCUCGAGCCAGCUGUGACCGUUGGCCAGGGAGGGACUCCUGCUGAGCAGCCAAUCCCAGCUGGUCAGUAUGAAGCUCCUGCCCCCAGCUCUUCUUUGAUGAUAGAAAAUUGUGAUAUUCAACUUGUUGCAAAGCCUGCCAGCCCACCUGCACAAAAUGUUGACCAAGAUGUUUGUGGCCCUACCUUGGAGGUCCCGUGUUGCGCUGGGGGACGUCGAGAAUCUGUCCUCACUCUUACCAGUUUGGCAACAGAGGCAGGGGUUAUCUCAGAACUUGCCCCAGAACCUCAAGCAAUGCUCUCUGCAGUUCCUGGACCUGAGACCAGCCAGCCAAGUGGAGCUGCUCAUCCUUUGCUCAGUCAAAUGCUUCCUUCAGCUGUUGUGUCAGAACCACCAAGUCUCAAAGGAUCCCAGCUUCCAAGCCCACCUCAAGUCUCCACUGCCAUGCCCCAGCAACCAGUGCUCCCCAGCCAGUCCCAGCCAGUGAGUGGCACUGGCCCUGGAACCAGUCUCCCACAGCCACCAUCUGCAUUUGAAUCUGAUGGAGAGGGACCACCUCCUAGGGUUGGCUUUGUAGAUAACACAAUUAAGAGCCUGGAUGAGAAGCUGCGUAAUUUACUGUACCAGGAGUAUGUUCCCACUUCUUCUGCCUCAGCAGGGACCCCUCUGGAGCAGUGCGACAGUGAAUUCACUCUGGAGCCACUGAGUGAAGGCUUGCUUCCUCCUCUUGCUUUGGCCUCCACCAUUGACUCCUACCAAGCUACCAGUGGUACCACCUCUGCUGCUGAUGAAAAACUACCAUCAUUUAUCCCUGCAGAUGUGUCCUCAUGCCAUGCCCUGACUGGACAGGUGGUGGAAAUGUCAGACAUGAUGCAAAGGGGAGUCAAGCCAUCAGAACUAGAGGGCUCACCGAAAAGUACAGAGUCAUCUCUCAGCAUCUCGCUGAGUUCUCAUGGUUGCUCAACAUCCUUCUCAAGCACAAUCCAAACUCUUCAGGGCACCCCUUCUUCAGUUGUCACAAAACAUUUGGAGACUUCAAAAAGGGAUGAUCAAAUAGAGCCUGAAAUUUUGGUUAAACCCAUGGGAACUUUGUCGCAGACGUUUGUAGCAGAUGGAGAGCUAAGUAACCUUCAGAGGCACAGUUCUCUUGAUUCUGGUUCCCAUCAAAAGCAGACAGAAAAGUAUGACAGUGACACACCGGCCAAAACUAUUGGCAGAUUUUCCGUUGUCAGCACACAAGAUGAAUUAACUCUGGCAUCACCCCAGUGCUUAAGAUAUUCUGCACCUCCAGAUGUCUACUUGGAUGAGCUUCCUUCCAGCCCUGAUUUGAAGAUAGCUGUCCGACGUGUGCAAACAGCAUCUUCAAUUGAAGUUGGAGUGGGUGAGCCUAUAUCUAGUGAUUCAGGGGAUGAAUGCCUCCGACGAAAGCCCUCCAUCCAGAAGCAGUCCUCUCUGCCCAGUAGCAGCACAGCCAGUGACUUCAUGAAGAAAGCAGCUGCAGCCCUCUUACACCGAUCAGGGAAGACUGGAUCUCUGGGCUCUGAUUCUCCUAGUAAAAGCCAAGGAAUGAAAAUCCCAACCAUUAGUGUGACCUCUUUCCAUUCCCAGUCCUCCUAUGUGAGCAGUGACAAUGACUCUGAAUUCGAAGAUGCUGACAUUAAAAAGGAGCUGCAAAGUCUGAGAGAGAAACACCUGAAAGAGAUCUCAGAGCUGCAAACUCAGCAGAAGAAUGAAAUAGAAGCUUUGUACCUGCGCCUGGGGAAACCCUUACCUCCCAACGUGGGGUUUUUUCAUACCGCCCCCCCAAGUGGUCGGAGAAGAAGGACAAGCAAAAAUAAAUUAAAAGCUGGGAAGCUGUUAAAUCCUCUGGUGCAGCAGUUAAAGAGUGUGGCAUCCAAUACAAGUAACUUGUCAGACUGCAGAGGUUCUCCCUCUAAAGACACCACUAAAGCACGGCCUGGUUCCACUGCAAUCACUUCCUCAGCUUCAGGCACGUUCGGAAAGGCAGUACAGACACAGCAACCCUGCUCUGUCAAAGCCUCCCUGUCUUCUGACAUCUGUUCCGGGUUAGCCAGUGAAGGAGGUGGAGCUCAAGGCCAAGGCUGGACGGUUUACCACCAAACGUCUGAGAGAGUGACCUAUAAAUCUAGUAGCAAACCUCGUACCAGAUUCCUCAGUGGACCUGUGUCUUUGUCCAUCUGGUCCACCCUGAAACGUCUAUGCCUAGGCAAAGAGCACAGUAGUAGAUCUUCUACCACCAGUCUGGUAACAGGUCCUGAGCCAGUGCCCCCAGCCACUCUGCAAGUCCAGGCACAAGUCAAUAAUAGCAACAACAAAAAAGGAACGUUCACGGAUGAUUUGCACAAGCUAGUGGAUGAAUGGACAAGCAAAACCGUGGGAGCUGCUCAGACAAAACCUUCCCUAAACCAACUGAAACAGAACCAGAAAAGGCAAGAUAUGGAACCCCGCGCAAACCCUGCCCAGGCACAAAACGAGGCACGUGGCGUAAGUGGUGGUCUUUGGGGAAGACAAUGUGGCAAGGGGUCAGAGGGCCAAGGGAGAGCCUGUUCUUGUCUGGAACGGGUCUUAGAAAGUAGUGAUGCCUUCUUAUUGAAUGGCAUCCACCUCACUGGGUUGCAGAGAACUGCACGGUGGUGUCCUAUGUCUCUGAAACCAAUUCUCUAAGAUAUGCUGUCAUUUGUAAUCUCUUGCUUGCAUAAUGCUAACCUAUUCCAAUUCCUGAGAGUGUUUGCUGAUGUAUAAUUAAUUUUGCUUAACCUGCUCAACCUCUCUAGACCAUGAUUUCCAUUAGUUCUACUGCAUGACCUGUUCAUGAAAGAACUUGACUCCUAUGAAAUCCCUUUGACUUCUAUGAUUCUGUGACUUCAGAUCUGUGUGGUCUGCAAACCAAGUGACCUUUAGUGGCCCAAAGUUCUUCUUUUCCUGGCUACAUGUAAUUCUCAGCAUUGCUUAAAUUUUAAAAUAUAUUGAGCUUCCGCGCUGAUAAACAUUUACAACAAUCAUUUGCAGGAACCGUUGGCUACUAUAUACAUCUCUGCUAUCUUCCUUCUGUCCUUCUCUCCCAUUUUAGUCCAAUGUAUCAUGAAAGACCUGUUUAUGUAGCACAUCUAGAAAAAAUCAGGUUCAAGGAAAUUUUAUCCCCAAAGAUUCCAAUCAGUAAUCUUUUAUUAAGCACCCAUCAUGUGCAAGACACUUUAGAUACAGAGACAAGAAAAAGUCUCAUCCCAAGGAGCUUACAUUCUAGGGGUGAGCCUUCAAGAAUCACACUUCAGGGAUUAAGCCUGAACUUGGUGAAGAAAAAGCCCAAGAUGGUGUAUCUUCUAUCAACCUUUUUUGCCCAAUGUGCUUCCCUCUUGGGUUAAGAUAACACAGCUUAGUGUGAAUAGCAAUGGCUUAGCUUCAGUAAUAGUUUCUGGUUGUGACUCCAAAGUGGGUUCACUCUAAGGUUAACAUUGUCCAUUUACAUAGAUUCUCUUCCCCCCAACCCCCCACCUUCACCAUUCAAUUUCCACACCCUGAAUGGAGAAUAAUUCUCUCCCUUCUUCCUGGGCAAUAAGUAUGGGUAGGGGUUAUGCAUGUUACUAAUUAGCUCAAGAAGUAUUUUAUUCAUCCAUCCUCUGCCCCAACCCAUCCAAAACAUCCAAGCAAAUCCAAGCAAAAGAAAGGUCACUUUAGUAUAUUGUUCUGUAUGUGAAUAGCCUUUACAAUGGAUGAUAAACAUGAGGGUUUGUUUUUCUGAUUCUUUAAGGGUACUAUAAUAGAUACAUGAAUGGUUAAUUGACUUCAUUUGCCAGAUGCAGUGAGACCCACUUAUGUUUCCUCUUACAAUUAGAAUUAUCAUUGAAAAGCCAUCCUUGAUGCCCAGAGUAUCUUGAUAAGUUCUCCAGCUUAUCCCUCCUUUGUCUCCUCAACCCUUUGGGGAAUCCUGUAAAAGAGACUAUGUGUAUUUGGAAAGUGGGCUCAUUUCAAAAGCCAGCAGCUCUUCCAAAGUAUACUGACCUUUUCCAUUCAUCCACAAGUAGAUGGGGUAACCCUCCCCACACAAUUCCUCCACCAAACUCAUCAGUUAUCCUGUCUUUAGGCAAGAAGAUGCUUGCCUAAAGGAGAGUGGCAAGCAAUGAUCUAUGGAAAGAGAAAAGUUAAUUGGAUCUAAAAAUAUUUUAGAACUUGAUCUUAGGAACUCAAAAGAGAGUGUUUCCUAUUUGGUUUUAAGGUAGUAAGAUCAAGAAAUCUCUUGAUUUUUCUAAUAGGAUUUUAAAAUUAUUAUUUGUCCAAUAUAAAUGUGAAGUGAUGACUCCCAGUCUUUCAUAAGAGGCAACCAAAACCCCUUUUGGUGGAUAGAUGCUGACCUCUCUGGAUAAGAUCACCUAGCCAGGAGUAAUUUAGGUGACAUAAAAAAAAUUAUAACAAUAAAAUUGCGUUUUUUUAAAAGUAUGACCUGACUAGAGGAUAUGACCAUUGCUUCUGCCCAAGUCUCCUUCUCUGAAGAGAGUUUUCGGGAAGGAAGUGAAAGUAAAGAGCAUUUAAAAAGACAAAAAAGAAAGUUAAGAGCAGGCACCUAGAGACUGCCCCAUAAACCAUAAACUGUUUCUUCAUGUAAGCUUGAGUCUGAAAUUCAUGUUCAGCAGAUUCAUUUCCAUACUUUUUUGUAUAUUUCCUUGUUUUGUUUUUACUUAUUUUCUUAGUAAAAGCACUUUCUGAAAAACUCCUGCAGUGAUUGAACUGAAAAGGCAAGAGUCUUCUCUUACACCUUAAUCUGUGUCACAAGGAGGACCAGUGUGCUAAGGGUGGGAUGGUGACAUAUCAACUUCCAGGCACAAAGUGAGGAGGCCCUGGACCUGGUGGCUGUUAUGAAAAGAAAGGAGGAGAGAGAGAGAGAUUCAGCAUUUCAAAGGAAGGAAAAUCAGAGACUGAACAGAUAAGAGUGCAGAAGAGUCAAUACUAAAUUCAAAGUCAAGGUUUGAGCCUGAAGGAAAGGUAGAGAGAUCAAGAAACCAGCAAAAAGAGUAUCAAGUCAGAUGUUGAAAAUAAUUUCUCUGUACUGGAGCUAUUCUAUUAGUAAAUCCCAGGACUUUGGCAAAAUACUGCUUCAGUUUACCUAAAAAAGUAAUUUUCUCAAUACCUGGGCUCAAAUCUUUAUAUCUUGCUGAAUUCUAACUCUAAAGUAAAUUUUUAGUCUUUUGCCAGGGUUGUGUGCUUAUUUUUGUCACUCAAAGAGAACCAGGAAGUCCUUAAGGCAUUCUCUAUUAUCUACUGCCCCAAAGAUCAUCUAAGAAGAAGACAGAAAGAGUCCAGCCAUGUUGUUAGAUAAUAACAACUAUCAUCACCAUUACUUUUCCUCCUACUCCAAGAAAUGGGAACAUUUGAGAUAGGACAGGUCAAUAACAUAUGUCCACAUUAUUCACUAUGGCUCCCUUGAGCCAUCAGCAGGUAUUUUAAGAUCCUACUUUGUAUUCAAACUGUGAUUUAGCACUGUGGCUGAUAUAGAAAUAUAAAAUACAGUCCCUUUCCUCAAGGGCUUACAAUUUAGUUAGGAGUAUGACUAAUAUAUAAAACCUUGAAAAAUCUUGAGCUAGAAAAAAAUUAAAUGUUUGGAUGAUCCACAUACACAUCUGAAGGUUCUGAAUCAUUUUCCUUUCAAAAGAUUCUAUAGAAUAGACUAUAUAGAAGGACUAGAAGGAGAAGAAGAAAAAAUUGUAAGUUUUAAUAAUGGACUUUUCAGGUAUUCUUGGACUAAAGUCCAUAUCCAUCUCUAAUUUUCAUCCUGAACACAUUCCCCAAUCACAGCUUUACAGGGAAGCCAGUCUAACUCUUGGGCCAUUCAGAGUAUUAGAUGGAUGUGGGAAAAGCUAUUGGAAUAUGGUAUGAAAUCAGGUUCUCCACCAAUAAGAACACUUUUUCUUAGAGCCCUUCUUUGAACAUGUGUUCCAGUUUACUGCCACUUCAGUACAAGACAAUGCCUGACUUGAAAACAAUCCAUGUGGACAAACAAUACUCAGAGUUGUUACUUUAUGUUCCCUUGUGAAAAAUCAUGGAGUUGAUAAAAAAAAAACCAGUAGGUUCAGAAGGAAGAAAAAAAAUCCAAAAAGGCCAUGGAAUCAGCAUUGGGUGCCUAUGCUGGGGGAUGGGGUGCAGAAAUUUCAAUAGUUGAGUGAUUCUUAUUUCUACCCCAAAAUAUCUUACCCUCUACUGACUAAAUGGCCAUACCUCAUUUUUAAUGCUGCCUGUAAUGUCCUCAUUUGGCAGCCCUUUGGCUUUGUUUGUUUUAAGAAAAUGAAUAGUCCAUGACCCUCUCUGAGGACAUAUGGGUUAUUUACACUUGAGUGUCAUAUCCAUUACUUGACUUUUCUCCUAUAAAGUGGUGGAACCAAGUUCCUUAACUUGGGGUCUGUGAAUUUGGUUUUAUUUCAGAGGUGGCUUUUGGCCAAGGUGGACUUCAGAAGACAUAAUUAAAUGGAGAUUUUUAUGUCUCACAUGACCAGUUCCUCCCAUAUAAACCAGAACUUUGGCUAAAAAUUUUUUUAGUAAAAUUUAAAAAAAAUUUUUUCAACUAAAAAGGGUUCGUUCUCAUUCUCUCUCCUCCCUCAUAACAAACACAAGCCCUUUGUAAUAAAUAUCUGUAGUGAAGCAAAACAACUUCCCAUAUUGACUCUGUACAGAAAUCAUUUGUGUAUGCACUGUCAUAGGCUAAAGUAGACUACAAGGUCUUUGAGGGUAGGGACAGCUUUAAUUUUGUCUUUCUGUCUCCAAUGCCUGGAAUACAAUAAGGGCAUAAAUGCUUUUUGAACUUAACAACUGAACAAACAUUAUGUUUGGUUACAAUAAAAUUUUAUUCUAUAUCAAAUUCAUCACCUCUCUGUGAGGUCUCUUAUAGUUCCUCUAAAAUUGUGAUUGAUCAUUGUGUUGAUUAGAGCCUUUCAAAAGUAUAUUUUUAUAAUGUUGACAUUAAAGUCAUUUUAUUGUUUUCCUGGUUCUAAUCACUUAAUGCUAUAUCAUUUCAUAGAGUUCUUCCCCAGAUGCUCUGAAACCAUUUCUUAAAUUGUUUCUUAUAGUAGCACAAUAGUAUUUCAUUAUAUUCAUAUGCUGUAAUUUGUUUGGUCAUUCCCCCAAAUGAUGGACACCUCCUUAGUUUCUGGUUCUUUUCCAGUACAAAAAGAGUUAUACCUUUUCUUCUUUUUUGAUCUCCUUUGCCUGUUUUCCUGCAGGCACAAUACAUUUGUCAUGUUCCCUUUUUCCUCACUCUUAUGGAUGUGAGGUAGAACCUCAGAGCUGCUUAAUUUGUAUUUCCUUAAUUGUUAAUGAUUUGGGGCAUGUUGUUGCUGUUGAUAGCUUAGGGCUUCUUCCCUUGAGAUAGUCUGUUCAUCUCCUUUGGUCAUUAUAAAUUAGGGGUAUAGCUUUUACAGAACACACACAUACACCCAGCCAUCUUAUGGCUGAUCUCUAAGCUAGUUUCCAAUAUUAAGCUCAAAUAAAGUAGUUCUCCAAAAGCAGUCAAGUGGUGCUUUGUAACUCACUGACACACAGCUGGAUGACUAAACCAUUCAAUUUUAAGUGUACAUAAGAGUCAGGGUUUUUGUUUUUUUUGUGUGUGUGUCAAGACCAUCUACAACCCACCACAAAUGCCCUAAGGUUAUUCUAGAACAUGGGGUUGGCUGGUUCAUUCUGUUCUGUUAACUUGAGGUGCUUUCUUAUCUCCUGAACCCAAAAUGAUAGGAUUUUGCAGAAACUUUAAAACUUUUGCAUCAACAUCUGAGUCAGGUGACAAAAUUCUUUGGGUAACUUUUUAAACUGGAAGGUCAUCCCCUUUUUUGUGGUUGAAUUGGCCUUCAGACUUGAGGCCCUUUGUGUGGGAGAGACCUUUAAGUUAACCUUUUGUGUUCAGAGAACUGUUGGCCAACAAUGGAGAUUAGACUUGACACUAAUAGAACUUUCUUGGUUCUCCUCCUUGAGAAUAAAGAUCCUGGACAUUUCAGGUGAAAUAGUUAGCUUCUUAAAAUCCCUGGAGAAGCUCUCUUGAAAUUCCUGAACAGGCUUAUGAGUAACUUAUGAGUUAAGAGGAAAAGGAUGGUGUGAUGGUUCUUGUUCCCUACUCCUCAACCCCAAGUCCUGGUUGAGUGGCUGAAUCAUUAGAAGGCACCAGAUUCUAAGCAUGGUUCAAUGACUGCUUUCUCUUAGGGACAGAGCUGUCUGCCUGGCAGGUUCCUAAAGACUUCCCAGCAUUGAAGCAAACCUAUUGUGUUGACCCUGGCCAGUCAACCUAAGCAUAAUCCUUCUGCGUGUCUUUGUGUU